AUGCGUUCCGAACUUGCCUCCGCCCUUGGGCUCCUUGCGGGCUCCCUUGCUACCGCGGCGGCCCGGCCUGAUAUUCACGCCUGGUCGCAACAGAUCCGGCGCCAGAACGCCCGGGAAUGCGCGGAGGACUUGGAAGAUAUCUUGGAUAAUGCACCCACUGCGUCACAAUGGCCUGCCACGGCCUGUGCCUUCACAUCGACGCUAUCCGGCGCCGAACUCACAUCCAGCUAUGCGGCCUACAGAAGUCGGAUGUCUUCAUGGUACAAUGAUGAUUUGGACGACAUCACAAAAGUUGCGAACAGCUGUACCCAAUAUGCAUCAGUCUUUGAACAAAUUCGUUACUGCUACGUAACCGGUCCUUACCCAACAACAACGGCAUCAACAUCAUCAACCGCAGCAGCAACUACAACUGGUUCGUCGACAGCCAGUAGAACAUCUACAGGUGCCACAAGCACGUCGACAUCUAGUGCUACCGCAACCCCCGAUCCAGAUGGGGGCAUGGAUGACGGUGCUAAGGCAGGACUGGCGAUCGGCAUUAUCCUCGCCGUGAUCCUAAUCCUUUUUAUAUGCUGGAAAUUCUUCCAGAAAUACAGAGCCAACAAGCUGGCAGAGGGUGCGAGCCAGCUUAAACAUGGAGAUGUCGAGCCGCAGAUGCAAUCUGCGGCAGCAAUAGGUGCAGCCGGUGCAGGAGCAGGGCUUGCGGGUGCAGCAGCAGCAAAGCAUCUCCAUCCUGAUUCAUCGGUCUAUGCUUAUAAGUCGGAACUCAGCGGCGACUCCAGGCCAAUCUCGGAGCUAGAUCCAGCAGCUGCCGUUGCAGCCCCGGGGCCUGUCCGGCCGCCUCCUCACAUCGCCGAACUUGACCCCGAGCCCCCGACCCAGUUAAGUGAGCUGCCCGCCGAUAAUUAUGACCCGACAGAAAACAACUCGCCUCCCCCGGCAUAUGUCUCGCCCAUGACGGGCACAAGUAAUGGCAAUACACUAGACACGGCGGUAUCACCGCUUUCGCCCAACUCAAACACUGUGCAGGGCUUAGGUAUCUCUAUGGGUGAAGACCCAUCACAAGGUCCUAACACUAAUUCCAUUACGGGACCUUCGACAGGCGAGAAUCAGAAUGGCAUAGUGCAACAGGGGUGGGGCCGAGGAUGGUUGCAAAGGGAUUGA